UCGUACGGCACCGGGGUCAUGCUUUGGAAGCUUCCAGCUCCAGUUCGAUCUCUCGUCGCGUCUAAUUGCCGCCAUCACCGUUCCAUCACCACCGCCGCCGCCGCACCUCCGGAGCCUCUGCGCAUUCUUUUUUGUGGAUCCGAUGAAUUCAGCAUCGCGUCGCUGCGUAAACUACUCCACGCAAAACAGAGCGAACCAAACUUGAUCGAAACUAUCAACGUCGUCCACCGGCCCGCGAAACCUACAGGGCGUGGAUUGAAGGAAUUGAGACAAGUUCCCAUACAAGCAGUAGCUACCGAAGAACUGAAGCUCGACACUCACGUAAUCGACACCUUUACUGGUUGGACUCCCCCCGUCCCCAUCAACCUUGUUAUCGCCGUAUCGUUUGGCCUCUUUGUGCCUCCACGAAUCUUAAACCUCGCCAAAUACAGAGGCCUCAACGUCCACCCCUCGCUCCUCCCAGACCUUCGUGGUCCCGCUCCUUUGCACCAUACUAUCUUGCGACGACGCCCGUUUGCGGGUAUCACGGUCCAGACAUUACAUCCCCAACAAUUCGAUGGUGGCACGAUCCUCGCCCAGUCUCCGCAACCGGGCCUAGGGUACGACAAAAAAUCAACACAUGAAGACCUAGUAGCAUACUUGGGCCCUAUAGGCGGUGAUAUGCUUGUAGAUGUGCUGAAAAACCAGGCUUUUGUACCUCCACUGGAAGAUGUGGGAUGGUAUGCCCAGUCUGGCGGUCCUAUAGAUCAUGCUGGCAAGUUGAGCAAACAACAUUGCUUCGUAGACUUCUCGAAAGCCACACUCAGCGAUGUACUCUCCAUCGAGAGAACCCAAGCCAUACCAUGGACGAAAUUACCCAAUGGCCAUCGUCUGCUGUUGAAUAAAUGCCGGACUGCAGAUAUAUCUGUUGGUGGUGAGGUCGAGACGGGUAUAUGGUGUCCCGAUUCCACACAUCCACAGCAUGAUGAACAUCGGGUGCCACAUCGGCAGCUUAUGGCCAAAACGGCCUGCGGAGGCGUGCUAGUAAUCGAGAAGUGCACAUACGAGGGUGGAAAACUGGGAUGCGGUUACAAUCGCGUGAAGAAGGUAUUGGGUACAAAGCAUGUAUGCCUGUGAUCGUUUUGACAGAAAGUAGAGCGAUCUAUGCCAACGUAAUCAGUUCUACGGGCUUGGAAUAAUUAUAUGUGUACUUUAUGUCCUAUCUGUAUGAUACAUUCCGUUAUUCACAAGAGAGUCCUCUUCUCCUCAACUCCACGAUAUUGCGUCGUAACGACUAUCCAAAGACUCCCAGGGGGCUAGUAUGGCUUGCUCCGUACUGCUAAUCUACCUUUCUUCGUUAGCUGAUUUGAAGUCUGGUAGAUCAGUGGGAAGAAAUCGCAGGGUGCUCUUGGAGUGCAAGUGCGUUAGACUGCCCACCCGGAAGAGGAAUUCAGCAGAGAAGAGGCUGCAGAGAGGCGCGGGCCGUUUCCCUCGCUGGUGUUGAUUGCGGCCAUGCUGCCCAAGGUGCCGCCGCACAUCCAGGCCAACAACAGGGAGAAUGGGCGGUAGUCGAUGUCACGGAAGAUCACCUCGUUCCUCUUCCCCUCCUUGAAAGUCUCGAUCGUC